AUGCUGUCUGCUGAUGAAGCAUCGGAAGAAGCGUUGGUCAAUUUGUACUACAACGCAAAUGAGCGUACUCUGCAAUGGGCAGAGCGAUAUCUUCGCGAGAAUAGGGCUCAAGACGCAGCAGACAUUGUCAAGGAAUACUCCCGUGGUGAAGCAGUGGACUCUAAUCUUUCGUUCUUUCCGUCUCAGCAAGGGAAAUUGGAGCUAUAG